AUGUCAUCCACGCAUAGUAAUAAUGUAGGACAACCUCUAUCUUCCUCACAGGGUCCCCCAACGGAACAGCAAAGAGUUCAACAACAGUAUCAAAUUUUCGAGAACUCAUUACCCAAAGUAAGUCAGUCAAUUUAUCAGAUGCUGUUGAACGAGAUGGUUCCUUUGGCUAUGGAGAUUGAGAGACAUUUAUCGGGCGAUGUUAUAAGUUCUGAUAGCAAUGUAACUUCCGAAAAUGGUAACAUCAGUAGCAUGAUAAAGAGACUGAAGAUAGAAGAGAAUCACACGGUAGACCUCAAACGUUCACAUAACUUGAUAUAUGAGCUAUAUAAGGCAGAAGAAGAGGAAAAAGAAAGGGUCUUAGCAAGGCUGAGGAACACUGGAUUUCAAAUUGGAUCGAAACUGUCUGAAUUAUUGAUAUUUUCCAACAAUCCCAAUUUAAAAUUCAAAGAAAUGGAUCUUUUAUUGAUAAUGAAGUUCAUUUGCAGGGAUGUGUGGAAACAAAUAUUUGGUAAGCAGAUCGAUAAUCUGAAAACAAAUCAUAGGGGAACUUUCUAUCUGCUUGAUUACGACUAUCGACCUAUUCAAUCGUUUUCUUUAGAUGAAGGUGCAAAGAGCGAGGAAUUAAAGAUGAUAGAGCCCUUUUUAGAGAUACCUGUGGGUAUUAUCAGAGGCGUCUUGUCUUCAUUAGGUUAUUCUUCUGAAGAGGUUAUCUGCUUAGCGUCUUUCAUUGAUAGGCCUACAGAGAAACCUAAAACAACUUUCCCCAAGGGAGUUAGUUUCCACGUUCAAGUAACAGUGCCGCAAUAA